AUGGUUCGUAUCGCCGGAGUGGACGUACCCGACCGCAAGCGGGCGCAUAUCGCAUUGCGGAGCAUUUACGGUAUCGGUCCUACCAAAGCAACCGAAAUCGUUGGCAAGGCCAACCUCGAUAUCGACAUGCCGCCGCGCAUGAACGAGCUUUCAGAAGAUCAGCUUGACCGCAUUCGGGUAAUCGUCGACCAGGAUUACAUCACCGAGGGAGAUCUGCGCCGGGAGCACAACGAGAACAUCCGCCGUCUGAUCGACAUCGGCAGCUAUCGUGGCUUGCGCCAUCGCAGAAAUCUACCCGUGCACGGCCAACGGACUCGCACCAAUGCCCGCUCACGCAAGGGCGCCCGUCGCACCGUCGCUGGCCGUGGUCGCCGCACCGGUGGCAAGAAGUAA